AUCUUGUUCAAGAGAUCCUCUAUGAGAACAUGCGAACAUUUUUUUCACCAUAUCAACAAAUUGAAUAAUGUUUUUGGUCUCUAAAUUUAUUAAGUUAUAAAGUCAUGAAUCCAUAACCUAAAAAUUUUGAAUUUGAAGUUAACAACCAGAUCUGCCAUCAGAAGCUCUAAUUAAAAAAAUCGUUAAUGGUUAAUUUCGAACGUUAAGAAACCAAUAUAAGUAUUAUUUUUAAAUUUAGCAAAUAUUGAAAUGCUUUUGAAAAUAUUAUUGUUUAGAAAAUAGCAGUUUUUGAAUCACCUCUGCUUGAAAAUUUGCAGCGUUACUCUUGAAAAAUACCAAACUAUAGACUCACAAAUAUAAAUACGCAUAAAUACAUGAUUUGUGCUCUCACAAGAGAAUUCAUAAGAAGUGUCUUUCAAAAUUGCAUUUUGUGAUGCUUUAAUUAAAAACAUAUACAGAUUAGUGCCGCAGUGCCCUUAAUUAAACAAGAAAAAAGACUAUUUAGCUCAUAGCAAAACAGCAAGCAUUGCGAAUCUAGAGCUAACGAGAAAAUAACCUAUACAUACAAAUAAGUGUCGUUCGUUUUUGGUGGUCCCGACACAAUUCUUUUACCUUCAAAUGUUCGCCACCAUACGCCAUCUGUUGGGUGGUGGCGCUGCUGCCGCUCAAGCGGACACACUCACACAUGUGCGCGAACACAAUGUGUCGUCUGCGAAGAAGCCGCCAACAACAAAAAUGUCAAAAAGAUUGCGACAACAACAACAACUCGAACAAAUGCAACAAAUGCUAUUGCUCGACACUGAAACCUAUUCCAAUUUGCGUUAUGAGCGCACCAAACUCAGUCACAGCAGCCUGCUGUUGCAUCAGAUCUCACAAAACAGUACAACGGAUGAGUGUAACGGUACGCUCGAUACAAUCGUGCCACUAACAUUUGCCUCCGCGGCAACCCCGAUAAUAUUGCCUAGCGGUUAUAGCGGUACAACGCCUGCUGAUCGGAAAAACGCCACGAUAACGUCUGGAACGCGAUUGCUUCCCGAAACGAACGUAACACAGCUACCGCUACCGACGUCAACGCGACAAACACCUUCAUCGCCGCCACCAUCUACAACGGGCAGCGUGCCACCUGCCCUGAGUGGUGGUGGUUAUUCGACGUAUUUGCCACACGAUUACAGUCUCUGUGAUUCGUGUCGUCCACUGCGUUUUCAGAAUACGCUUACAAAAUCCGGUAGUCCCAGUUCGGUGUCGCAAAAAAGUUAUAGCGCGAGCUCCGGGCGUUAUCACAAUUUAAAUUCGAGUUCGAGUAAUCGUUUUAAUUCGCUGCCACCAUCGUCGCUUGUGACGCCAACACCGCCGCUACAAAAUACACAACAACAACAACAAUCGUCGACACAGCCAGCAUCAACGUUUCGCAGUUUUUAUCCUUUCUCUCGUUUACAGCCACGACGCACGACCAGCGCCAGCAUGUCGCAAUCCGGAGACGAUCUACACUCGCCCAGCUAUCUGUCCUGGCGUAAGCUGCAGUUGAGUCGCGCCAAACUAAAGGCGUCCAGCAAGACGUCGGCACUACUUUCCGGUUUUGCCAUGGUCGCUAUGGUUGAGGUCCAAUUGGAUAGUAACACCAAAGUGCCUGCCGGCAUGCUCGUCGCAUUCGCCAUCUGCACCACAUUACUCGUGGCCGUGCAUAUGUUGGCGCUUAUGAUCAGUACUUGUAUAUUGCCGAAUAUCGAAACCGUUUGUAAUUUACAUAGCAUCUCGUUGGUGCACGAGUCACCACAUGAACGCCUACAUUGGUAUAUUGAGACGGCGUGGGCCUUCUCCACGCUACUCGGACUGAUACUCUUUCUGCUCGAGAUCGCCAUACUUUGUUGGGUGAAAUUUUAUGAUUUAAGUCAGCCAGCCGCUUGGUCGGCAUGUAUUGUACUUAUACCGGUGAUGAUAGUCUUCCUAGCGUUUGCGAUACAUUUCUAUCGUUCGUUGGUUACACAUAAAUACGAAGUGACCGUUUCGGGUAUACGCGAGUUGGAGAUAUUGAAGGAACAAAUGGAACAGGAUCACAUCGAUACGCAUCAUCAUCAUUUGCAUCGUAAUAACGGUUUGAAUUAUGGCGCCAGUGGUGAAAUAGUUUAACACACCACAAAAGUUAUAAGUAGCUAAUGGUGAAUUUUAUUUUAAAACGGGAAAUACACUUUUUGCAUAUUUGCACCGGCGAACGAGACAUUUGUUUUGUAUGCGACCUCAUACAUUUAGGCGAUAAAGUUUUUAUACGCUAUACUUUUUACACGUAUAUAUAGACAUUGAUAGACGGUUUUAACAAAUAAAUAUAUAUAAUACAUUAUGUGUAGGUUAUAGACAUUUGUUAUUGUAUGUACACGAAAACUGAAUUGAAUUGAAUUCUCAAAGAAUUCAAAUACAUUUCUUGUGAUAUUGGUAAAUGCGUUUGAAUUUCAAUUGCGAAAUGCAUUUUGGCAUAUCUACUUUGAUUUAGCGCUUCAUAAUUUUUGUAAUAUUGUAAUCAUAUAAAUUUCUAUAAUUGAAAUUUUUGUUUAUAAGUCUUAAAGUAAGCGUUAUUAAAGCAAUAAUUUGUGCACAUUGUAAAUUAAUGCGUUGCCAAGCUGCGCAAAGUUUUAUUAUAAUUAAAUUUUAUUAAAACAGCAAUAUUCUAGACUUACGCUGUGUGAGAGUCACUGAGAGUUGACGGUGUAGAGCGCCAAAAUAUCAAAAAUAAAUGCAGUGAAAUUCGAAUAUGUGCUUCAUUCAGCUGCAUAACAACUGAAAGUGAUUAUUGCACAUUAUCCAUCAAACUACCUUAAUUUACUUAAUUUUUAAUAUACUACUUUUAACAUAGUUUUAAGAAAUUGUAAUUAAAAACAUUGUAUAUUGAAAAGGAUAACCAAUGGUACCCGUAAUUGAUUCGACAGCAAAAAUAAAUUCAUAAUAUUUUUUAUAAAAUAAAGAUAACUAAACAAAGA